AUGUGCCACCUACAAGAUAUUGUGAAAGAAGAAAAAGAAUCAACGAAAGUUAGAAUCAUUUUUGUCGCCAACCAUGAGGAUUCGCUGGUGGUCACCCACCCAACUACUAACUCACCGGCGUGUGGCUUAAGUACGGCUGAGCGGACGGGAAGCCCUGUUUUCCACACCCUAUGGUCGUAUGUAUCAUGCUACGCGUGGAAAAGGAUUAUGGAUAGUGUAAAAGAUCGGAAGUGUUGGGUUAUGAAAGGGUGA